AUGAAGUCUUCUGUUAGUCUUGACGACAAACCAAUUACGGAGCACGUCUCCAGAAUCAGCGAUGACUCGUUAAAUAAAACAGAUAGGAUCCACGAUGUGAUGCCCGUCCUCGAUGUCGAGGCAAACGAUGCCACUGAAACUGAGCAUGCGCUCACCAUUAGAGAGGCAUUGAAGACUCAUACCUGGGCUGUGCUCUGGUCGGCAGUAAUGAGUGCGACCAUUAUCAUGGAAGGUUAUGACAAUAUCUUGAUUGGAUCUUUCUACGCAUAUCCUUCCUUCCAGAAGAAGUAUGGACAACCAACUCAUGGGGACGAAACCAAUUAUCAACUUACGGGUCCAUGGCAGGUGGGUCUUUCGACGGCUUCGACUGUGGGUAUUAUCAUCACGUUGAUUUUUAACGGAUGGCUUGUUGAGAAAUUUGGACAUCGUCAGGUCAUUAUGGUCAGUUUGUUGCUAAUGGGUGCGUUCAUCUUCAUCACCUUCUUUGCUACCUCUCUCACGCAUUUGCUUAUUGGUCAGAUUCUUUGUGGUAUUCCUUGGGGAAUUUUUGCUACCAUGGGUCCAACCUAUUCGUCUGAAAUUGCCCCAUUGGCUCUUAGAGGACAGUUACUGGCUUAUGUCAAUAUGUGUUGGGCUAUAGGCCAGUUCAUUGCUGCUGGUGUAUUGAAGGGAUUGGUUGAGAACAAGACACAAUGGUCAUAUAGAAUUCCAUUUGCUGUUCAGUGGGUGUGGAUUCCACCUCUCUUUAUUUUGACUUGGUUGGCUCCUGACUCGCCCUGGUGGUUGGUCAGAAAAGGAAGAAUUGAAGAUGCUAAAAAGGUUGUGAGAAGAAUCACCAACAAAUCCAUCCACAACCAAGUUGAGGCUAGAGUUGCGUUGAUGAUCAGAACAACCGAGUUGGAAAGAGAACAAGAAAGAUUGAAGUCUGCUGAUAAGGAAAACUCGGGCUGGAGAGCAUACUUGCGUUUGUUCCAAGGUCCAAACAGAAGAAGAACUGAAAUUGCCUGUAUUGCAUUUGCUGGUCAAGUUCUUUCUGGUUCAACGUUUGCAUAUUCACCUUCUUACUUCUUUUCUCAGGCUGGAUUAGCUCUGUCUGAAGUUUACAAAUUGAAUUUAGGCACCACUGCUAUUGCCUUCACUGGUACUCUUUGUUCAUGGUUCUUGCUCCAUAGGUUUGGCAGAAGAACCAUUUACGUUACGGGGUACGCCGUGCUUGUCACUUUGUUGUUGCUUAUCGGUAUUUUGGCUUUCCCUGCUAAGCACUCAAGUGGAGUCAAAUGGGCCCAAGCAGCUAUCACCAUCUGUUGGGUGGGAACAUACUCGCUUACAAUUGGACCGUUAGCCUUCACCAUUGUUUCGGAGAUCUCUGCAACGAAUUUGCGUUCCCAGUCCAUUGCACUUGCAAGAAACUCAUAUAAUUUGUGUUCGUUGAUUUCCAACGUGGUGGAGCCUUACUUGAUGAACCCAGGUAAUGCAAAUUUGAAGGGAAAGACUGCGUUUGUGUGGUUUGGAACAGCUUUCCCUACUUUAAUUUGGGCCUUUUUCAGAUUGCCUGAAACAAAGGGCAGAACUUACGAAGAGUUGGAUCUUAUGUUUGAGCGUGACGUCCCAACACGGCAGUUUGCAGAGUACAAGAUUGAGGCUGAGGAAUUGCAUCUUUCUCCUCGUCAAUCGAUUGCAAUUAAGUAA